AAAGGACCAACCUCUCCAGAAGAAUACACAACACAUACACUCAAGACAAUAUCUCCCUAACGUACUCAAAACAUCUCAUCCCCACAACCCAUCCACACGCACAAUCGCGCGCACCCGUCCACGAUGCCUGUCCACGGGAAUCCCAUCUCCCAGCGUUUCCGCACGCAUUUCACCGGGUUCGACACCAGCUCUUGUCCCACACUCCGCGCCGUAUCGGCGGCACGCGAACACGCCAAGGCCAAGAAUCGUGCCAAGACCCAACGCAAGCUCAAAGAAUGCGCAAAGACCCAACGCAAGCUGAAGGAGCACUGCGCUAAGAUGGCAGCGCUCCGCCUCACGGCGCGCAAGGACGUCCUGGGCGUCAUCAUCAACCUUCUCACGGGCUACAUUCAUGCCAUGCGCGAUGCGGACAGGAGUCCGAGUCCCCUCAUCGAGCUUGCGGCCGGGGCGACCAAGCCGUCCCUCGAGCCCCUCGCCCAUCGCGUUGGCGCCAUCGUCGAUGACUGUGACCCCAUGCCGUGGAAGCGACUACUGCAACAGUUCGACAACCACCGGCGUAUGUGGGAGGAACGACGGGACUGCAAGUGGCUCAAGAAUUUGGCGUCAGAACGCUGGACCCAUCGCCUGCAGGAGGAGGAGAUCAUCACCUUCCACAAGGCCAUGGAGCACUUCGACUUCGAGGACCUCCUCCGCACCGCGCUGUGCGAGCUCGCCAAGGCGUAUGGUACCUAAGAGACAAGUUGGCAGGACGGCUUCUAUGCCCGGUAGGACAUGGAGGAUGUGCAAGGGCCACAUGCGGACGGGGCUGGACACGAACCUGAGAG